UUUGACAUCUUUUUACACUUUUUCUAUAUUUUGUGUUUACAUUUCCCAACACUAAAUCCUUAUUUUGAUGGCAAAGAAGAUGUAGUCUUCAUCAACCUUUUCUAUUAUAAAUCAAGAAAUUUGUGGUAUUCAAAAGUAGUAUGUACUCCGAAAAAAAAUGUUAAACAGUUUCAUCUGAGCUGUCCACGUCAAUCCGUCUUAAGGUCCACGUGGAAGGUCAACCGGGGAUUGAAAUUGCAAAUGGUUAGAGAAUAGGUACCCAAGUGUCAAAUACCAGAUCACCUCUUUGGCUCUUCGUAAUUGUAAGUAUUUAAAGGAUCCUUAGUAGACACCAAAGUUUCAUAUUGUGGAGUAACAAGCCAAACUUUACAAACUCGAUAAGCUUCAAUGGGGUGGAUAGAGUAUUACAAGCCAGUGAUAGUUAUGUUGGUGUUGCAGUUUACAUAUGCAGCAUUGUCAGUAUCUGCGAGAGCUUCUCUCUUGCAAGGAUUGAGCCCAAGAGUUUUUGUUUUCUAUAGACAAGCUUUCGGAACUUUGUUCAUCACUCCUGUUGCUUACUUUUUUAGGACCGAAACAAAGAGUAGUUCUAUGGGAUGGAAGAGCUUCUCCUUGAUCUUCAUUGCAGCCUUAAUCGGAGUAACAGGCAACCAAAUGAUUCAAUAUGAAGGCAUGUACUUGGCUUCAUCAUCAGCAGCAAGUGCUUUGGCUAAUAUUAUUCCAGCCAUCACUUUUGUUGCAGCAUCCAUUGUUGGAUUUGAGCCAAUCGAUAUUAGAAGCUUCAGAACCAUUGCUAAAAUAUUAGGGACAGUUGUGUGUGUCACCGGUGCAAUUACAAUGUCACUCAUCAAAGGCCCCAAGCUUCUAAAUGAACAGUUGCCUUCAUCAAAUUCACUUUUGUUAAAUCCAAUUGGAAGUGAUAAUCUUUGGCUUGUGGGUUGUUUAUGUCUCUUUGUUGGCUGUUGUUGCUGGUCAUUUUGGUUGAUAAUUCAGGUACCAGUCACUAGAAACUACCCUGACCACUUAUCUCUAUCAGCUUGGAUGUGUUUUAUUGGGACGAUUCAAUGUGGAAUUGUUACAUUGUUUACAGAUCCAUACUUGGAGGCUUGGAAAAUCAAAUCGUAUUUUCAACUUGGAACUUGUUUAUAUGCGGGUAUUGUUGGUUCGGGGAUUUCCAUAUUUGCACAAGCAUGGGUUAUCGAAAGGAGGGGUCCAGUAUUCUCAGCAAUGUUCAAUCCUUUAAACACAAUAAUUGUCACCAUCUUCGCUUCAAUAUUUAUACAAGAACAGAUAUACGUUGGAAGUGUGAUAGGUGCAUUUGGAAUCAUAAUUGGUUUGUAUGUCGUACUCUGGGGAAAAGCCAAAGAUGUAGAAAUGUUGAAAGAAGCAGAAGAGAAGAAGAUAUCACAAAACGAUCAAAUCAAGAUUGCUCAAGUUUUGGGUUUGUUCCGGUGGAAGGCAAUAGAGACGACACUUCUAGAGGCGACAUGUCGCCGCUAUACGUGUCUAUCCGUUGACCAACCUUGGACCAAAUCCUGGCCCUACGAUUCUCACCCGAUCCAAUGGUUGGUGAUCCCCAGAAAGGGCGCGUUCGGUUCCCUCCACCGACUCCACCGCUGGUAUAACCUCCAAAUCCAACUGCAACCUCAACUGCCGGCUGCACCUUUGAUUUCGACUUGGUAUCUCCGACGAGUUCCAGCGUACCACCGAGUACAACUUCACCACCGAGUGUAGCUUCCUUUUUCUAGACAAUAACAAGUUAGUUGGAUCUGUGUCACUUCUGGAUAUGGAUUGUAUGCAUGUAGAUAUCUUAAUCAUUGUAUUAAUUUUGAAUGUAUAUGUAAAACUGAUGGAAACUAUUGACUGUGAAAUUGAUAGAAACUAUUGCAUAUUAGUUUGAUUAUUUUGAUAUGUUUCAAUUGUUUGAAUGUAUGUGUAAAAUUGAUGGAAUCUAUUGCCUGUGAAAUUGAU